ACAUGUGGUACAACACAGUCAUAUAAGCACUGACGCAGAGUAGGAAUUUAUCGACAUUUGGAAGACAAUCUACAUCAAGAUAGAAUAGGAAACUCGACUGUAGAAACAACUCCUUUUCAUAGUUAAGAUCCACCGGAUACGUCAAAAAUAUCCGGGGCAUCGGCACGAUGGCGACCGAUGACGAGUAUAACAUCACAGCCGAUGAAGCAUUUCAUUUCCUGCACGACGUCUUACAGAUGGAGUGUACAGAAACGUGGAUUAAUGCCAACAAGGUCUUCUUUCUGGGAGAGUUCAUAAAAGGUAUGCACUACCACAUCCCCUUCCAGACAAUCUCAGGGAUCGCAAUUCCUGAUGGGAAGCGUCAGUUACCAUCGGCAGCCGACAUCAAGACAGACAUCUUCUCCAAACUAGGAGGCAUAUGUUACCAGAUCAACUUAUUCUGCUGGAUGCUGCUGCGUGCUCUUGGGUUCGAUACCCGGUUGCUGACAUCCGAUGUCUUUGGGCAGAAAGACUACCACAUCGGUGUCAUCAUCAAUGGCCUCACUGGCAACGGUUCCAAGCAUCUACUGGAGGUCGGGUCCAGCUAUCCUUCUCGGCGACUGAUCCCUUUAGAUUUCGAAAACUGUUCGCCGGAAUAUUUUGAUUCCUAUAUGAAGUAUCGAUUCAUCAGACGAGGGGAGGGGACGGUAAUCUUCCAGCAUAAAGUCAACACGGUCUCCUCGUUGGCGCGCAAGCAUCCUGAAUACAUUGAGGGUGAAUGGUUUUCUUUUAUCUUCUACAACACCGAACGAUACGUCAGUGUGUCUCAUUUCAACACUGCAAUGACCAGUAUCAUGACUGUUGUCAAUGAAGACGACUUCGCUCUUACAAGUUUGCGUUGCACGGCCUACCCCAACGGUCGUCUCGUCUGCAUCAAGGAUUCCAAACUCAUGCUGGAGGACGAAGGGCAAGAGGUGCAGUAUUCUCACUUCCGGUCUCGUGAUGAAUUUCUAGAAGCUUUUCAGCGCUAUUUUCCUCAGUUUACGCAGAGUAUGAUCCGAGCUGCUAUGAAAAAUAUUCAGUUCAAACUGCUAUGAAAUCUUGAUUAAUACUUAAUAAUAAAAAAAUGAAAUUGUUUAUGGGUAUUCGGAAGGUCUUAAUCAGUCAAUCUCUUGGCAGGAGUUGCCUGAUCACCUUAACUUGCUUUUCCCAUAAUGAUAAAGCAAAUUUUAAAUUACAUGUUCAUGUUUAUUAUAGCAUAGGUAAAAGGGGGACAACUAAAGAAGUUUCUCACGACUCUAUAAGAUUAUGUGCAUUAUAAACCUAACUGAAAUAGUAGUGAGGGAAAAUCCAAAACGGUAAUGGUUGAUCAUCAUAAGGGUUGAAUUUGUCAUUUUUAAACUAAUGGUCUAUUUUUGAAUUUCGCUUUCGGUACUUCUCUUAAUACCUUACCAUUUCUAUGUAAAAAGAUAAAGAACAUAGAGUCUAAUUAUAUAUUUAUAAAGAGAAGAAAGGGAAAGCGGAAGAAAAGAUGAAAAGGGAAGGAAAGAAGAACCUGAUAGAAUGAACAAGUCAUCUUGGAACGCUUAAAUGUAAUAAAUUGCAGGAUGGCUAAAUGGGACGGGAAAUAAUAAAAGAAAGGGGAAUAAAUGGGCAAUAAUGACUGAAGGGAAAUGAAGGUAGAAUGGAAUGAGCUAAAGGCUAUAGGAAAAUCUAAAUUGGAAAAUAAAAGAAAGAGAGAGAACAAAACAUAAUUUUAAAAAACUCCUGGGCAGCCGGGGAUAAAGAACAAAGAAUAGAUUGACGUACUUGCUAAAUUUGAUUUGAUAGCGGUCGAAAUGAGGGAAAAUAUUGAACUUAGUGAGGUUACAGAGGUAUCACCAUGACCCCAGAAGGUGCAUUGACUAUGACUGUUUAACGUUUACUGUGGCUAAAUCAAUAAAUUUCUUAGGGGCUCUACCCCAGACCCUAUACGGCUCUCGCCACCCCCACCCAUGUUGCACCCCUGAACCCAAACUAGUAGGCCACCGACCCCGCCACUGACCCUGAAGGAAAUGGACUAUGGCAUCAGAGGCUUUUUAUAAUGCGAUUACCUUCCAUCCAGUAGAGAAAGCGGGGUAAGUUGGGCACAGGGGCAAGUUGAGCCCCUUGAGCUACC